CCUGUGUCACACACUUUACACCUCAGCUAUUCUGUCUAUAGGUUGCAUUUUAGUCUAGAGGCCAAGGAUUGUAUGUACAGAUUACAAAAUAAUCCCACUCAUUCUGUUCAUUCAUGCAUUGGAUUGACCAAUACUCUGAAGCGCUCUGUCAGUCAUGAAAGCACCAAAGCACUUUCUAACCCAGGUGGUGUCUGUGCUGCUGGGCAUUGGUUUCAUCUGGUGUCUGAGUCUGCCAUAUCUCCUCCUGACUAAAGGUAACCUAAACAGCAUUGGUGUGACCCAUGACAACAGUCUGAAAGUGUGGAUGGAAACAAGUGGGGUUGAAGACAUAAAGAAGAUAUUUGGCAAGUUUAUGAAUAAUCUCCUGGACACCAUAAAAUCCUCUAAUUGCUCUCCCAAGGAUGAUGUGAAAGACAGCAAAGAAUUACAGGCAUUGCAGAUAAAAAUGGAGGCAGAAAAAGUAAGAGGGCAAAUGAAGGAUCAGAUGAUUAUGGAGCUGCGUUCUGAUAAAACCUAUCUGCAGCAACAAGUGUCACAGUUGGAGGAAUUUCUGAAGCUAUGUGUGGAGAAAGACAAGAAGGAAAUCCAACAAAUAAAAGCAGCUGAGCAAAUGAAAGAAGAUGAAAACUUUUCACUGCCACCCAUGGACGGUUAUCCAAACUGUAAAGAGAAACUGAAGUGGAUGAAGAACAUGUGGAGGACUGACCCUUGCUACAGCCGUCAUGGGGUGAAUGGGUCUCUGCCUUCCAUCUUCAUUUACCUCAGUGAGAUAGAGUCCUGGUGUCCUGUGCUUCCAGGUCGAGUGGUCCCCUCAGCUGUGGUGGAAAACUCAGAGAAAAAGAUGGACCCUGCAGUGGUAAGGGAAAGUUUAAAAGGUCUUUACCCAUCUCUGGCAAACAAGAGGCAGUUGCACUGGAUCCAUCAAAGAAUUCGAAGUAUGGAAGAGGUCUGGGUGGAGGCUGGUCGCUCUCUGUCAGCCAAAUACAACCUCACAGAGCGGACAGCCAAACAGAUCCUGGUGCAUCCUGGUGCAUUGACAGAUGAAUCGGGCACACACAUAGCAGAAGAUGCCUUUAGCGGUGGCCCACUUGGGGAGCAAGUCCAGUGGAGUGACCUUAUCGCCACGCUUUAUAUUCUGGGUCACCAUCUUCACCUUUCUGCCUCCAUACCUGCUCUCAAGGCUUUUCUACAAGGUAACACAAAUGGCUGCCCACCUCAACAUUCAAAAGUGGAACCAAACCUGAUUUAUACAGACAUCGUUGGCCUUCGACAAAUUCAAGAAGUAAUUGGCUCAUCCUGGAUCAAAUAUAAGUGUAUAUUUCGUAUUUUGGAUACUUUUGGCACUGAGCCAGACUUCAAUCACCCAGACUGGGUCACAAAGCACCACCUACAUGGUCCAUUCGGAGGCCUGAACAUGACCCUAUUGCAGUUCUACACCAUGUUCCCUCAUACACCAGACAACACAUUCCUCGGCUUUGUGGUGCAGCACCAGCUAAUCUCCAAAGAAUCAGAGCAGUUUAAGUCUACCAAGAGACAGAACCAGGCUCUCGUGUAUGGAAAGAGAGCCACAUUUUGGCAGGGUAAAGAGGCUUAUGUGGAUGUUAUACACAAGUACUUGGAUAUCCAUGGGACGGCUGACAAUACUGCUGCAAUUCCAAGCUAUGUGAAGAACCACGGAAUUAUCAAAGGGCGUGAUGUACAGACCCUGCUGAGACAAAGUAAGGUUUUUGUGGGGUUGGGUAUACCAUUAGAAGGACCCGCCCCUCUGGAAGCCUUAGCCAAUGGCUGUGCUUUCCUGAACCCUAAGAUACAACCACCACUGAGCAGCCUGAACUCAGAGAUAUUCAAAGGAAAGCCCACCAUCAGAGAGGUGACAUCUCAGCAUCCUUAUGCUGAGGCCAUAGGAGAGCCCUACGUAUGGAUGGUAGAUAUACACAACGAAACAGAAGUAGAGAGAGCUCUCACUGCUAUACUCAAUCAAACUAUUGAGCCCUACCUUCCUUAUGAGUUUAGCUGUGAAGGAAUGCUCCAGAGGGUCAACACCCUGGUUGAAAAACAGGACCUUUGCUCCAGCACAAGGAGCUGGCCCCCACUGAGUGCACUCCAGGUAGUGAAGGCGGAGGCAGGUACUUCUUGUAAGAAGGCCUGCCAGAGGAUGGGCCUGAUCUGUGAACCUGCAUUCUUCCCAAACCUUAACAGUGUCAAGAAUCUUGCCAAGUACAGUGUAGAUUGUCAAACAUCAGAGUUUUCUGAUGGUCAUUUGGUGUAUCCAGCCUACUUAAACAGCAGUAAACACUGUGUGUUCCAGUCUGACCCUCUACUCUUCAGCUGUGUGAGAUCGGACCAGUCCCUGAUUCGCAUCUGCCCCUGUCGAGACUACAUUAAGGACCAGAUAGCGUUAUGCAAGGCAUGUAUCUAACUACUGGAUAGACAACAGAAACCUUUGUAUUAGGCAGUAUACUGUCUGUGCAAUACAAUAAAGGUUAUCCCAGGAUCAAAGUACAGCAGCAGCAGCACCUCAUGUCAACAUAACCAUUUCCAUCUGGCUUAGCAGCAGGAGGUCUCCAGGUUUGAUUUUGGCCUUUUGCAGGUUGGGGGUGAAGGGGGUUUUACUGAAUAUGUAGACUAAAAGAUCACAAACUGAUUACUCCAUGCCUUUAGGUGAGGUGUGUGGAAUCUUUACUAUAGGACAUGGAAGUAAAGUGAAGAUUACUUGAAAUAGUGUUUAAAAACAGACCUGUGUCUUGGAAUCAUGACAUUUUUAUUCCACUUUAUCACUAUUGCUAUAUAGCUGUUUCUGUGCAGAACACAGGUAACAGGGGUUUUAUGUCUGACUGUUCACUCUGGGAAUAACUGGGAUUUUUGUUCUGCCACUACAAGAUGGGUUUCUAACUGGGCUGGAAAGCUGACUUUAUAGUAAAUGAAGAGACUAUAUCAAGUUCUGAAGCCAUUGUGUGGGGAGAUGACCUAUGUAGGCCCAGCUAUGGUUGGUUUUAGCGCCUGCUCCAGAACUCUAGCUGCCAGUCAUCUCAGCCAAAUAGCCUGGAGUUGAAGACCUGCACUCCAGCCCUUGGUUUCCCUGCCUCCCAACUUGUCUGAUUGGGCCACCACCCAUUAUCCCACACCUUCACCCAUCCAACUGCAGCCAGCAUCACACCUGGAGACUAUAAAUCCUCAACCAAUCUCUCAGUUGGAUUGACUGGAAUUUAGCAUGAACAGUUAGCCCUGAUACAGCUUGUGUCUUUGUGUUGGUGUUCAUUGUAACUUCAGUUACCUGCUGUCAACUUAGUGAAGAAGCAACUCAUGCAUGUGACUUGUAGCUCCGGUUGGUUUUAUUUGGUUCUUUGAUUUAGCAGCACUCACCAGCAUUGUUUCUUUGUUUUAUUACUGUUCUUUUGUGUCAAUUCUGUCACUAAAUAAAAAAAUCGCUUUACUG